AUGACAUCGCGACAACAACCCAAACUCAAGCUAUACUAUUUCAAUAUCGUGGGCAAGGGAGAGCCAAUCCGUCUCUUGUGCGCAUAUGCAGGCUUGGAGUUGGAAGAUUAUCAUUUUGCGUCGCGUCAAGAAUUCCAAGAUCUGAAAGCCAACGGCAAAUUAGCCUUUGGCCAGGUGCCCCUGUUGGAAGUAGAUGACGGCGCCCACCAGCUCGUCCAGUCCACAGCCAUUCUCCGCUAUUUGGCCAAAUUAGGUGGUCUGUAUCCUAGAGACGACGAUAUCUUGGCCGCCAAGAUUGAUGCAGCAUUGGCACAGGAAGCGGAUGCCUUUACAGGCCCCACAGUGGCUACCUACACAACACGCUUUGGCAUUUGUCUAGAAGGAGAUGCCCUCCAACAAUCGAAGGAACUGAUUGCCAAGGAAGUCAUCCCUCGUCAUCUCGAUGCAUUGGAACAGUUGUUGAACUCCAGCAGCACGGGAUGGAUUGCAGGUACCGACCAACCAUCGCCAGCAGAUUUUGUUUGGUACGUCAGGUUGGCACUGUGGUUGCCCGAGACACAAUUACCCUUCCAAAAAGAGAUUCUUUCCUUUCAAGGAUAUCCCAAGAUCAAGGCGUUUGUGGACAAAUUUGCAUCCCUAGAGGCAAUCAAGCGAUACUAUGCUGACAAGAAAAAGGAAUAG